AUGAGGGCAUACUACUACGACGACAUCCCCGGCGACCAGCGCCUGCCGCACGACUCUGGCGUCGCCGUGUCGCCCCAAAAGCUCGCGGACCUGGGCGUGCUGUACCACACGAUCCCGAUCGAUGCCGCCGGCGCAUGGCAGCGGGCAAUCGACGACUUCGCCGCCGCGCGGGGAUACAAGAACCGCGACCAGAUCAACGUGACCCCGCAGGGGCUCGGGGAGGCGUACGAGACCAAGAUCAAGUCGUUUUUCGACGAGCACCUGCACGACGACGAGGAGAUCCGGUACAUCCUCGACGGGUCGGGCUUCUUCGAUGUCCGCGGCGGCGUGGGCGGCGACGAGCGCUGGAUCCGCAUCCAUCUCGAAAAGGGCGACCUCGUCGUCAUGCCCCCUGGUAUUUACCACCGGUUUACGGUUGACGAGGGGAACGACAUCACAGCCAUGAGGCUGUUCCAGGACGAGCCGAAGUGGACACCGUACUCGCGCGCCGAGGGCGGCACGGACGAGCGCGAGUCGCGCCACGAGUACGUAAAGUCCGUGGCGGUGGCGGCUUGAGAGAUGAUAGUUUGGAGGUUCUUGCCAUUAGAUGGCUUUUUGGAUAUGCACACUUCGACUCUGCGGUGAGUUACGGGGCAGCUAGAGACCAAGCAGCCGUCCACCUCCGCACCGUAUCCUCUCCAAUGUUCCGGUCCUGCACAUAACCUCUCAUAGCAGACCGACAGCCAAUGACGCCUAAUGCAUUGCCACUCUCUCACUCCUCC